AUGGCCAGUGAAAUUGUGAGUUAUCCAAAUUUGAAGAUGUCGAUGGGAGGAGGGUCGAUGAAGAAAACAUGUAAGAUCUCGAUGCUGUGGAAUUGGUACACGAUUGACACUUGCUUCAUUUCUAGGACCUGGAGAAACGAUACUCGAGGAAAGUUUGCAGGCUCUUGCAUUGGUUGUUUUCUAUUGGUGUUCAUUGCACAGUGGUUGAACCGGAUUUCCAGACAAUUUGACAUUGAACUGGCGAAAAGACGAAAGUUCAAGGUAUUGAGCAAACACCAGGGCAAUUUUGGAAUUGACGAUGGCUCUUCUUCGUCCCUUUCUGAUUCAGCAAACAAAACUCUGCAGCAGCUUGCCAGUGAACCAGACUGGAAGACCACUUUGAGGGCCCUCGGUGCAACUUUAUCGCAUUCGUGGUAUGUUUCUUAUAAAGCCAAUGAUGAAUUCGACGCUUUAGAGCCACUGGUUGGAUGUUCUAUUUCGGUCAAAGUUUAUCCUACUGUUGUAGAACACAUCUUGCGCGCCGGAAUUUUUACUUUACAGUGGGGAUUGUCUUAUAUCAUCAUGCUGCUGUUCAUGUACUAUAACGGCUACAUCAUUAUCAGCUGCUUGUUGGGUGCUCUGUUUGGCAGACUAUUCUUCAACUUCGAACCCUUGGUGACCUGUGGUGGCGCCACUACAUUGAGCUCUGUCGCCCACGACAAAGAGGAGAACGACCGGAAGUGCUGCAUGUAA